AUUUUCCUUUUAUAGACUUUUAGUUUUAUACGGAAGACAUUCACCACGAAACCCCCGAACCUACCGUCGACAAUGGCGACCCGGCGCAUCGUCUCGCCGCGCUCUCCAUUCGCUCUCCCUUCUCGAGGCAUAAUAAUAUCGCGGCCCUACACGCGCAGCCACUUAACCGUUCAGUCUCAGGUCCCGUUAAAAUAUGACCAUUUUACCCCCCCAGAAGAGGGCCGCGACGCGCGAGAUUCGCCCAUAGUAUUUAUGCACGGCCUCUUCGGGUUCAAGAGGAAUUUCAGGGCCGUGUCUCAAGCCUUAGCUCGAGAUCUGAAGCGCCAUGUCUAUGCGGUAGACCUACGUAACCACGGCGAAAGUCCCCACGCGCGCCACCAUACCUACCCCGCCAUGUCCGACGACGUCGUGGGUUUCAUCGAGAAUUUGCAGCUACAAAACCCGACGCUCAUCGGCCAUUCCAUGGGCGCCAAAGUAGCCAUGACCCUCGCCCUCACGCACCCCGCCCUCCUCGCCUACCUCAUCGCCGUCGACAACGCCCCCGUCGAGAGCCCGCUGAACCACGACUUCUGGACGUACAUGCAAGGGAUGACCGCGAUCGACACGGGGCACUACACGAGCCGCAAGGACGUCGACCGCGUCUUCUCCACCUACGUCUCCGACCCCCUUGUGCGGCACUUCCUCCUCGCGAACCUGACCCGCGUCCCCUCCCCCGACGGCCCUUACCGCUUCCAGUUCCCCGUCCUCACCCUGCGCAAGGCCCUCGUCCGCCUCGGCAAGUUCCCCUUCCACGACCCGGAGGCGACCCACUUCGACAAGCCGGCUUUGUUCAUCCGCGGCACCAGGAGCCACUACGUCUCGGAUAAGGUCUUGCCCCUGACUCGUCGGUUCUUCCCGAAUAUGCAGCUGGUCGAUAUCGACUGCGGACACUGGGUCAUCUCGGAGAAGCCGCAGCCAUUUAUGGAGGCCGUCAAAACGUUCCUCAGAGAGCAGGAGUCAAAAUCACCUAAGCAAGAAUAAAGCCCUGCGACUUCUCAACGUAAAAGCCGUUGUGUCAUUAUUUCGUAGGUACGGAGGGGAUAUCAUCUUCUAACGAGGGAAGAGAAAAUAUAUACAUCGACGCCUGCUUGCCGUGUGUCGACCUCGGCGUC